AACCUCUCCGCAAUUGCACCACAAAUCGAUCCCCCAAAGUCAGGGAAUCUCCCACUUCUGCACAUCACUUCCUGAAAGCCGGAGCCUGGUUGGCUCUAUCGGCCUGACGCAGAGUUUCGUAAGUGGGCUUCGACAAAUGCCGAACGACAACACGUCAAUUUCUGGCGGAAUGCCCAGGAUGGAAAUACCCCCAGUCGACUUUUCAUUGGAAAGGGCUUCCCUGUCAAGGUUGAACCCUUUCGACAAGAUCGAAUGGUGCAGCACGCCUGCCAUGACUGAAUCCUUCACCUCCACGAUGGUCGGCAUCGGAGUCUGGCCGGAGGAGACCCCAGAUCAACUGCCGGGGUUGAAGUAGCAAGGAGUGGUUGGCCCACGUCUCGGACCGUGCAUUUUAUAUCUCGCUUGGUGAUCGCUCCGCUUCUUCCUUUGAGCACACUCUUCUUUUCAUUUUGUGCCCAGUAUCGCAUAACUUGCCACGGACAACAUGGCCGCCGACAAGGAUACUAUCCAGGCGAUGGAGACCGUUGAGAACACCCGAGCACACGACCGGGCUCAUGCCGUUGAGUUUGAAGCUCCUAUGGAGCAUAUUCAAGAACUCAAUGAGGCAGAGCACCUCAACUUGAGCUGGCGGUCAUGGCUUGUGGUAUUCGUGACCUGCUUUGCCAUCAUGGCUCAAGUCUUUGUCGUCGUGGCAGCAGGAUCCGUGAUAGCGUUCAUCAUCCGCGAUCUCGGUGACGCUGCUAUUGCUGGCUGGAUCAUCCAGGGACCACUGCUCAUGCAGUCUGUGCUGUCGCCGAUCGUGGGCCGGCUGAGUGAUGUCCUGGAUCGCAAAUACCUGGCUGCCAUUCCUCCGUUGAUUGCGUUCGUUGGUGCAGUCAUUUCAGCAAAAGCUACUUCAAUGCCCAUGCUCAUCGGUGGUGGCAUCUUGAUCGGCGUCACGUUGAGCACCAUUUCAAUCGUCCAAGCAAUUCCCAGCGAAGUCCUACCGCUUAAAUACAGAGCGUUGGCAAACGGUUUCGCUUUCUUGGCUGGCGCAAUUGGGGGACUUGUUGGCGUACUCGGUUCAGGAGGCGUGACGAACUCCAGACCGUCGGGCUGGCGUGACAUCUUCUGGAUACAAGCCGCCUUCCAUUUGGCCAGCUUCCUCGGCCUGAUGCUGUUCUACCACCCAACCCGCCGCUCCGACUACCCCAAGAUGUCCCUGAAGCAGUACGUCUGGGCUUGCGAUCCAAUCGGGUCACUGCUCUUCAUUUCUGCAUGUACCUUACUCCUUCUGGCUCUGGAUUGGGCAGGUGGUGCAUAUGCAUGGUCCGAUGCUCACGUUGCUGCACCGCUCGGGAUCGGGCUCGGCAUCCUGGUGUUGUUCUGUCUGUAUGAAUGGAAGGGGCGGUCCGAUGGCCUGGUGGCUCACGUCUUCUUCAAGGGUUCACCCAACUUUGCUCUUUCGGUGUUCGCGUUCGCCGUUGAGGGUUGGCUCUUCUACUCCGCCGUCAACAGCGUGACGCCUCAGAUCGUCCUAAACCUUGGGUUCCAGACGAACGCAUGGAAGAUUUCGAUCCGACAGUUGUCUUACAACCUCGUGACUCUUUUUGCCUCGAUUCCCAUCACGUUGUAUGCCACAAAAUACAAGGAUCUGAAAUCUCCAUUGAUUGGGACGUUCGUGAUAUUUCUCGUUGUGACCAUUUGCUAUGCGACAAUCACGCCCAGCAUGAAUCAUGCGCAGAUUGGCUUCAAUGUACUCUCCGGCAUUGGACAAUCCGGACCACUUACUCUCAUUGUCGCCCUGGUUCAAUUUACUGCACCUCAUGCAUUCCUCUCGACGGCCACCGGACUUGGUUUCUCUGCUCGUGCAAUUGGGGGAGCCUUUGGAUCUGCUGUUUUGGAUGCUAUCAUCAACGGCAAACUCAAGUCCUAUGCGACAGUCGUUGGUGGUGCUGCAGUUAGUGCAGGACUGCCCAAGUCAUCCCUACCGGCCUUGUUGACGGCACUGGCUAGCGGAGCAGGCUUUUCCGAGGUACCUGGCCUGACUUCGACAAUCCUGGACAAAACCUUGGACGCGAGUCAUAACGAGUACGCACAUGCUUAUCGACUCGCAUGGGCCAGCAUCAUUCCCUUCGUCGUCCUCGCACUGGUCUCGAUCUUCUUCCUGAAGGGAGUGAAGGAGUUGAUGACUGAGAAGGUCGAGGCUACUGUGGAACAUGUGAAUACCAGUGAAGCAGACAAGGCUGGAGGGCUUUGAGUGGCUGGACUGGUGCUAGACGUUAUCAGUCCGGUGUUCAGAAAAAUGGUUAUAGUUAGCAUUUCGUCGGUAAGCUGGAGGAAAUGACAAUCGUCGAUGUUACCGUAGCCAUCUGAAACACACUG